UCUCCCAUGCUCCAAUCCCCCGACUAGCAGGUCUUGCGCGUUUGGAUCCCUUGCGCCAACUUGCUUUGCCUGGCUAGGCAAGAAAACUGUCGAUUGGUUUCUGGGCUAGUGCUCCUCGGGGUCUACGCCGGCAAGCUUUUUGCUCUUCUGACGGAGAGUGAUUUCUGCUCGCUUUAGCUGGGAAGGCGAGGCUUGCUCGUGCAGGCGAGGCGAGGCGAAGCUGGCCAGCAACCAAACGCCCUGCUUCGCAAUCUGCCUUUGCUUCGAUCUUCAUCCAAGGAAGUUGCAAGUGUGGCCUAUCGGCUGGAAUUGAACACAUUUGGAAUUACUGACAUGCUGAACCCUGCAGCAUUUCGACCUUCUUGCAAUUCUAUCAGAAUCGUGUGAUUGCGGCUCCUGGUGUUGAAUGCAAAUUUCGCAGAUUCGUGGCUUGUAGGAGUAAUGCUGUGAGAAGCAAAAUGAUGAUGAGGGCAGUGCCUCCAAUCCGUGCUAGCUUCCAGCUGGAAUUUCCUCAGCAGCCAAGCUUUCAAGUUGCAAAUAGGAAGAAACAAAAUGUUCCUUGCUAUCAGAGACAACAAGCUCCACAUAUAGAAGCCAAGUCGAUGGAGGAGGUAUAUGACACUUUGGCUGAACAUCUUCUUUCUGUCUUGAAGAAUGUUGAACAUCUUGACUCAAAAUACAUUGUUGGUCUAGCUGGCCCACCUGGUGCAGGCAAGUCCACAGUUGCCUCUGAAGUUGUUCGACGUGUUAAUAUGCUUUGGUCCCAGAAGCAUGCAAAGGGUAGUGGAGCACUGCUUCCUACGGAGGAAAUUGCUGCAAUGCUUCCAAUGGAUAGUUUCCACCUUUAUCGUGCCCAGCUUGAUGCAAUGGAGGAUCCAAAAGAAGCACAUGCAAGAAGAGGAGCUCCGUGGACAUUCAAUCCAUCACUUUUUCUGAAAUGUCUACAGACACUAAGAACAGAGGGUUCAGUAUAUGCUCCAUCAUUUGAUCAUGGUGUUGGUGACCCAGUUGAGAAUGACAUAUUUGUAAAGCCACAGCACAAAAUAGUGAUUGUUGAAGGGAAUUAUCUAUUACUGGAAGAAGAUGUCUGGAGGGAAAUUAGAGAUUUUUUUGAUGAGAAAUGGUUCAUUUACAUUGACAUUGAUGUCUCCAUGCAAAGAGUGCUCAAGAGACAUAUUGCGACAGGAAAAGAGCCAGAUGUAGCAGCAUGGCGGAUCUCAUACAACGACCGCCCGAAUGCUGAGCUAAUCAUGGAAUCAAGAAAGAAUGCUGAUCUUGUAAUCAGAUCUGUGGACUUCUCAAGCUAAACUCCAUUUCUUUGAUAGGAAAUAGGAUUGAUGCUCUAGUAUUGUUGAGACGAAGGCACCAGCAAUAGGUUGUUUCCAUGGAGGUUCUUGUACAUAUAAUAAGCUGAAUGUUCAUUUCCAACUCCCCAUGGUGAUUAUGUGCAUGUAAUGAGAUAUUCCUUCAUGAAGUACAGCCGAGGGAUUAUUAAAUAAUUUAUUUGGCAUUC